GUCGGAUAUAGUUAUUUUCCUUCUGAAGUUUCUCCAUGGCGGUGGACACAAAGCACUGACACCGUGGAAGUCUGCGUUAGGGCAAGGACAAUAAUUCUGGAAGGAACAAACGCAAUUUUAAGGAGAAGCAAUUGAAAGUUUUCCGUAUGGUUUUACUUGUUUUUAUCAAUAUUGCGGUAACUGGGUAGUUACCAAUAAGUUGAAAGUUCAACGGUGUAAUAGAGGGAUUCGUGUAGUUGUAGCUUAAGUUUGAAACGGCUUUUAGAAUAGCUGAGAAUGGGUUGGUUUAUUCAAGUUUUGUUUUCAUUUACUUGUUUGGCUGUCUUCAGCCACAGUGCUAUGGAUGAAUGCACUGACGAUUCGAGUCGUCCUCAGCGAUGCAUGCCAGAGUUUGUCAACGCUGCUUUCAAUGUCACUGUGGUAGCUACCAAUACUUGUGGCUCUCCACCAGAAGAAUACUGCGUACAAACCGGGGUUACGGGGGUCACCAAGUCGUGCCACAUUUGCGAUGCCAGGGAUCGCAGACAACACCACAGUGCUGUGUACCUCACCGAUUACAACAAUCAACAGGACACCACCUGGUGGCAAAGUCAAACUAUGUUAGCGGGCAUCCAGUAUCCACACUCAAUCAAUCUAACUCUUCAUCUUGGCAAGGCUUUCGACAUCACUUACGUGCGACUCAAGUUCCACACCAGCCGCCCAGAGAGCUUCGCCAUCUACAAGCGUACAAGUGAGGAUGGACCAUGGACGCCUUACCAGUACUACAGUGGCUCCUGUGAGAAGACCUACCAGAAGACCAACAGGGGCUUCAUCCGCACCGGACAGGACGAACAACAGGCCCUCUGCACAGACGAGUUCAGCGACAUCUCACCCCUGACUGGAGGAAACGUCGCCUUCUCCACCCUUGAAGGCCGGCCCAGUGCUUACAACUUUGACAACAGCCCAGUUCUUCAGGAAUGGGUGACUGCCACAGAUAUCAAAGUGACCCUGAACAGGCUCAACACAUUCGGAGAUGAAGUUUUCAAUGAUCCCAAGGUCCUGAAAUCCUACUACUACGCUAUCUCAGACUUUGCAGUGGGAGGAAGGUGCAAGUGCAAUGGCCAUGCGAGUGAGUGUGUGAAAAAUAACGGUUUCGGCAAGCCGGUUUGCAACUGCAAGCACAACACGGAGGGCGAUGACUGCAAUGUGUGCAAGCCGUUCUACAACGACCGUCCCUGGAGGAGAGCUACAGCCAAUAACCCUAACGAGUGUCUGCCAUGCAACUGUAAUGGCAAGAGUGCAGAGUGCUACUUCGACCCUGAGCUCUACCGUGCCACCGGCCACGGAGGACACUGCCGCAACUGUGCCGACUACACAGACGGGCCCAACUGUGAGCGCUGCCUGGACAACUACUACAGAGACACAUCUGGCACCCGCUGCCUGCCCUGCAGCUGCAACCCAGUAGGCUCUCUGGCUACUCAGUGUGACAACACAGGACGCUGCAGCUGUAAACCCGGUGUGAUGGGGGACAAGUGUGACCGCUGCCAACCUGGCUUUCACACGUUGACCGAAGCAGGCUGCAGACCUUGCUCCUGUAACCCUUCCGGAAGCACACAGGAGUGUGAUGUCCAGACAGGCCGUUGCCAGUGCAAGGACAACGUGGAGGGCUUCAGCUGUGACAGGUGUAAGCUGGGCUACUUCAACAUGGACCCGCAGAACCCUCAGGGUUGCACACCGUGCUUCUGCUUCCAGCAUUCCUCUGUCUGUGAGAGCGCUGAAGGCUACAGCAUUGACACAGUCUCCUCCACCUUCGACCGAGAUGAUGAGCAGUGGACAGGCCAGCAGCGUGACAGCUCCAGUGUUUCAGUCCAGUGGUCCACUGGUGGGGAGAUCUCCCUCAUCUCCGAUGACUACUUCCCAAUGUACUUUGUGGCUCCAGAGCGAUUCCUGGGCAAUCAGCUGCUGAGCUACGGCCAGAACCUCACCCUGAACUUCCGGGUGGACAGGAGAGACACACGUCUCUCAGCCGAGGAUGUGGUUCUGGAGGGGGCUGGUCUCAGAGUGGCUGUGCCUCUCAUUGCUCAGGGAAACGCCUAUCCUGGAGAGAACAUGCAGACGUUUGUGUUCAGGCUCCACGACAGCACAGACUACCCCUGGAGGCCCACCCUCACUCACUCAGAGUUCCAGAAGCUUCUGCACAAUCUGACGUCCAUCAAGAUCCGUGGCACCUACAGCGAGAAAAGUGCUGGUUACCUUGACGAUGUGAAGCUGAUCACGGCGAGGAGAGGUCCCGGGAGCCCGGCUCGCUGGGUAGAGAAGUGUACCUGCCCUCAAGGCUACGUGGGACAACACUGUGAGAGGUGCGCCCUGGGAUACAGGAAGAGCAGACCAGACCUGGGGCCCUUCAGUUCCUGUGACUCCUGCAACUGUAACGGACACAGUGACACGUGCAACCCCGACACAGGGAUGUGUGACUGCCUACACAACACAGCUGGGCUCAGUUGUGAGAGAUGUAAAGAUGGUUACUAUGGAGACUCCACUGUGGGGAGUUCCAGCGACUGCAAGCCCUGCCCCUGCCCUGGAGGAUCCACUUGUGCUGUUGUGCCCAAGACCAAGGAGGUUGUCUGCACCAACUGUCCUACUGGAACCACAGGCAAGCGCUGCGAGCUGUGUGAUGACGGUUUCUUCGGAGACCCACUGGGGGGGAACGGGCAGGUGAGGGUCUGUCGGGCCUGUAAGUGUAGCGACAACAUCGACCCCAACGCUGUAGGCAACUGUGACCGAGAGACCGGGGAGUGCCUCAAGUGUAUCUACAACACAGACGGCUUCUUCUGUGACCGUUGCAAAGAGGGCUUCUAUGGAAACCCGCUAGCCACCAACCCCAACGACAAGUGCAAAGCCUGCUCCUGCUCUCCAUAUGGCACAGUGGACAGACAAACCAGCUGUCUACAGGUCACAGGCCAGUGCCAGUGUUUCCCCCACGUCACCAACAGGGACUGCAGCGCCUGUCAGCCUGGCUUCUUCAACCUGCGGAGCGGAACAGGCUGUGAACAAUGCAACUGCAAUUCUAUUGGGUCCACCAACGGUCAGUGUGACAUCGGUUCCGGUCAGUGUGAAUGCCAGCCCGGCGUCACCGGUCAGCGCUGUGAACGCUGUGAGGUCAACUUCUUCGGCUUCGGAUUGUCAGGCUGCAAACCGUGCGACUGUGACCCUGAGGGUUCCUCGACAGCCCAGUGUAAAGAAGAUGGCCGCUGUGUGUGCCUUCCAGGCUUUGUGGGAGCCAGGUGUGACAUGUGUGAGGAGAACUACUUCUACAACCGCUCUACUCCCGGCUGCCAGCAGUGUCCGUCCUGUUACUCCCUCGUCAGAGACAAGGUGAACCAGCAGAGACAGAAGCUGCAUGACCUGCAGACUUUGAUUGACAACCUGGGCUCCAUGUCAGAGACUGUGAGUGACAAGGCGUUUGAGGACCGACUGAAGGAGGCAGAGAAAUCCAUCAUGGACCUACUGGACGAAGCUCAGACCAGCAAAGAUGUGGACAAAGGCCUGCUGGAGCGCCUGGGGAAACUGAACAGCACACUGACCACUCAGUGGAAUCGUUUGCAGAACAUCAGGAACACCGUGGACAACACUGGAACCCAAGCCGACAAGGCCCGCAACCGGGUCCGAGAAGCAGAGAACCUGAUCGGCCUCGCCCGCGAGGAACUGGAUAAGGCCAAGGAUGCCAUCGGCAAACUGGACAUCAAAGCACCCUCCAUCAGUGGAGAUCCUAACAACAUGACCCUUCUGGCAGAGGAGGCUCGCAAUCUGGCCGACAAACAUAAAAUGGACGCGGAUCAAAUUGAGAAGAUCGCAAAAGAUGCCAAUGACACGUCCACCAAGGCUCUCAACCUGCUGACAAAGACUCUAGAUGGCGAGGGCAAGACCAACCAAGACAUUGAUGAGCUCAACAGGAAGUACAAUGAGGCAAAGGACCUGGCCAAGAACCUGGAGAAACAGGCCAACAAGGUGCAUGCUGAGGCAGAGGAGGCAGGCGACAAAGCCCUGAAGAUCUACGCUAACCUGACAAGCCUGCCACCUUUCAACACCAAAUCACUGGAGGACGAAGCGAGCAAGAUCAAGAAGGAAGCGUCUGACCUGGACAAGCUGAUUGACAAGACCGAGAAAGAGUACAACGACUUGAGGGACGAUCUGCGAGGGAAGGAGACUGAGGUCCGCAAGCUGCUGGAGAAGGGCAAGACUGAGCAGCAGACUGCCGAUCAGUUGCUGGCUCGUGUCGAUGCUGCCAAGGCGCUGGCUGAGGAGGCCGCCAAGAAGGGGAGGACCACCUACCAGGAGGCCCAAGACAUUCUGGGAAAUCUGAGAGACUUUGACAAGCGGGUGAAUGACAACAAGACGGCAGCUGAGGACGCCAUGAAGAGAAUCCCAGAGAUCAACGCUACCAUCAUCGCGGCCAAUGAGAAGACCAAGCAGGCUGAGGGGGCGCUAGGCAACGCAGCUGCAGAUGCCAAGGAGGCCAAGAGCAAGGCAGAGGAGGCAGAAAAGAUAGCCAGCGCUGUGCAGAAGGGUUCUGCUAAGACCAAGGCGGAUGCAGAGAAGGCCUUUGAGGACACUAUGAUGCUGGAUGGGGAGGUGAACGGCAUGAUGGACCAGCUGAGUGCAGCCGAGGCAGAGCUGGCCAAGAAGAAAGCUGAGGCCGACCAGGACAUGAUGAUGGCUAGCAUGGCAUCGGACAAUGCGAAGGAAGCGGAGGACAACGCCCGCAAAGCCAAGAGUGCUGUCAGGACCGUUCUCAACACCAUCAACGACCUGCUCAAGUCACUGGGCAACAUUGACAAGGUGGACCUGAGCAAGUUGGGCUUGAUUGAGGGGUCACUGAAGCAGGCCAAGGACAAAAUGGCGAACAGCGACCUGGACCGCAAGCUGGCGGAGCUGAAUGAUGUGGCCAAGAGCCAGGAGGAGAUGAUCACCGACUACGACAGGCAGAUCAGGGAGAUCCGGUCUGACAUCGCCAACCUCAACGACAUCAAGAACACUUUACCUGACGGCUGCUUCAACACCCCAUCCCUAGAGCGACCUUAACCCCUUCUCUCUCCACCACCUGUACCCUCCUUCCUCAUAUCCCGUCUGUUCCGCUCCUUCCUCAUAUCCCGUCUGUUCCGCUCCUUCCUCAUAUCCCGUCUGUUCCGCUCCUUCCUCAUAUCCCGUCUGUUCCGCUCCUUCCUCAUAUCCCGUCUGUUCCGCUCCUUCCUCAUAUCCCGUCUGUUCCGCUCCUUCCUCAUAUCCCGUCUGUUCCGCUCCUUCCUCAUAUCCCGUCUGUUCCGCUCCUUCCUCAUAUCCCGUCUGUUCCGCUCCUUCCUCAUAUCCCGUCUGUUCCGCUCCUUCCUCAUAUCCCGUCUGUUCCGCUCCUUCCUCAUAUCCCGUCUGUUCCGCUCCUUCCUCAUAUCCCGUCUGUUCCGCUCCUUCCUCAUAUCCCGCCUGUUCCGCUCCUUCCUCAUAUCCCGUCUGUUCCGCUCCUUCCUCAUAUCCCGUCUGUUCCGCUCCUUCCUCAUAUCCCGUCUGUUCCGCUCCUUCCUCAUAUCCCGUCUGUUCCGCUCCUUCCUCAUAUCCCGUCUGUUCCGCUCCUUCCUCAUAUCCCGUCUGUACCGCUCCUUCCUCAUAUCCCGUCUGUUCCGCUCCUUCCUCAUAUCCCGUCUGUACCGCUCCUUCCUCAUAUCCCGUCUGUACCGCUCCUUCCCUCGUCUAACACUCGGGCAGAAUGCCACCUUUUUACCAAAACGUUUUUUUCUUCUUUUUUUUCUUUGCUUUGUCUUUGUUUCUUUCUUUUUUUUUUUACAAGAGAAGCUAAGUUUCAUGGUUUUAAAGAAAGAGAAGAAGCCGCUUUGACAUGCAGAAACGUGAAAUGAACUAAGGGCAGUCGACAAACAUGCAUCCAUUCUCCUUCGGUGCAGCAGGUUAGGAGAGGUGUGGCAUACCUCGCUCCCGAGUAAUGAAAACCCACAUGACUGCACCACCUCCAGACUUCCUACACUUCUACGUGGAGGACCGUUACACCGUCUUGUUUCAUCACAACCUAAACCAGAAAACAAGGAGAAAUGUCCUCAGCCUUUUCCGAUGGGUGCAUGUCAUAUGAUAUAGCAUUUGUUUUAUUUGAUAUGAUAUCUAACAAGUUAUCCUUACCCAUCAUUCUAGACCGAAGGGCAUGCUGGGAAUGGUUUGUCUGUGAGAUAUUUUUAGCUAUAGGUAUUUUUCAACUUCCAGUACAUAUUUGCCAUCCUUGGUGUUAUCAACCAUUUGUUUAAAAAACAAGCAGUGAAGGAAUUCUCACAAGUUUAUAGAUUUUGUUUGCCUUCAUUCGCUUCCAAAGCUACAUAUAUUGCAUGGAGAAAGUAUUCCUGUUAUUACACAUUUUUACAGUAUUCAACUCUACUGCACAUUCUGCUCCAUACCCACAUUAAAUAAUACUACAGUUUACUAUAGAAUACUACAGUACUUCGUAUAGAAUUCUGUAGUAAAGUGUAGUGUAGUAAACUGUAGUAUACUAUACUACACAUUGCACUACAGCAUUUCCCAAACUCUGUCCUCUGUCAUUUCUCAAACACAGCUGAUUCAAAUAAUCAACUCAUCAAGCUUGGAUUAUAUGAAUCGGCUGUGUAGUGCUAGGGCAAAAAUACAAAAAUGCACCCCUUGGAGUCUCCAGGACAGAGUUUAGGAAACGCUGCUGUAGUAUAUAACGAUCAUUGGCAGUACUUAUUAUAGAAUCGUGUAGUAUACUAUAGUAAAUACUACAGUAUACUAUGGACCACAAAAAUACUACAGUAAUAUCUGCAGAAACACUUCAGUAAUUACUGUAGUGUGUAUAUAUUACAGGAUUUAAUUUGUCUACCCUGCCCAUUCCCAUAUCCCAAUUUGUGGCACCAAUAGAUAGAUAGAUUAUAUAUUGUGUUCCCUGCAGGUUAUAAAAAGGAGCAGAAGCUCUGAACUGUCUGUUCAGACCUCAGUCCUAUCUACCUACAGGUAUGGUAAAUUUUCUUUUGUGUAUUUUUCCAAGUAGGUUUCCUCAAGGAUAUCAUGUCAAAGAUAAUAAAACAAAAACAUUAUAGUAAAUACUACAGUUAUUUCCGCUAAAAACCCUACAGUAAAUACUACAGUCCAAAAAAACACUACAGUAAUUACUAAUAUAUACUCGUUUUUUCUUACUAGACUGUUUACUAUGAACAGUAAAUACUACAGUAUACUACAAUCAUGUCUGCAAAACUACAGUAAAUACUACAGUAUUCACUGUAUUUUUACACUACAUUCACUUUUCACUACAGUAUUUUUUUUCACUCCACUGAAUACUACAGUAAAGUCUCCAAAAACACUACAGGGAAUACUAUAGUAUUUAACGAUAGUAUACCUUAGUAUUUUUUCAUGUGGGCAUGCACAACUGAAACGCUGUUAAAUGAAACCAGCAAGUGGGUCUUUAAAAUGACUCAAUUUUUGGCAUUUGAGACUGUCCUCUACCGCCCAGUGAAACAAUAUGGUUAAAUAUAAUUGUAUGUAAAAAUAUAUAUAUAUAUAUAAUUAACACUACAAAUCUUGUUUUUUGUCUGAUGUUUUUUCCUCCCUAAGCUGCUGCUUAAAACAGGUGUAUUGCAAAUCACACAUUAAUAUUUUUUAAGACAAAAUUCUACACUAUGCAACUUUGUACAUUUUGCGUAGCAAGACUUUAUCUGAUACACUGGUGCUAAUAAUUAUUUCAAAUGUUAUAUUUUUGUGUGAAUGUUUUUUAUUAUGAUAUAGAGUGAGGAAAUAUUAUUUGUGUAAAUAUAUGCUUAAAUGAUUCAGGGCUGGCUGAUUGUUAAACCCAAGACCUAGCGGCCACCUCGUAUAGGUUCUAUCGCAAAAAAAUCAACAAACCUCCACAUAAUAUAUAAAUAUAUAUGAUAAGUUCUGUGGUAUAAUAUGCUUGCUUGUGUACAUGGCUCGGUGUUGUUGCCUCAUAGCUCUGCCAUUAUUAAUUUGUGUUUAAUUAUCUGUGGGUGGUCACCAAUUAAUUGAUGAAUGCUUUUAAAACGAGAUCAAAACAAUGCUUUUAAGACACCUUUAUCCUUGACUGAUAACUUCAGGACUGUGUGAGGGAUGGCCCUAAAGAAGCCAUCGGUCUACAUUAAGCUUCGUUUCAUUUUACUGAAUUUAAAUCGACUCCCAAGAAAAUAGUAGUUAACCAUUUAGCGUUGUCUUCAUAUGUGGUCAAUAUUCACAUCACUUAGUUCCUAACGAGGGCGUCACGAUUAUCGCACACAUUACGUUUCAGACAAACAUUCUUUUCACACACAAUUGUCUCCUCACACGUUCGCUACUCGGUGUCCUCGCAUUUCAGUAGAACAGCAGGGAUUUUGUUGAUGGGUCCAGAACAUCAGCCAGCCAGCCAGCCGCGAUACAGUAAAUGAAUAGGUUAUAACCUGGAGACCACUCAUCCUUCCCAUUCAACAUCUCUCAUCCUCAAUACACCAAUACUCACUCCUUUCCUUAGCCUGCCUUCUAUCAUGUUAUUUGUUGGAUAGUUGUUAGCUAACCUUUUACCCACAAUGUUAUAGAUGUGGCAGCGGCUAAAACGAUGUACACUGCAUUGAACCAUCUUCUGCCGUCUCUUAACCCUCCAGGCGACCACACUGCUGUGGAAGAAUGUGCAGCACAUACUGUUUGAUGUAUAAAACAGUAUUUCUAAUUUAUAAUGUACUCAAGUAUUUGUAUUAUUUUGUUGCAGUAGAUUAUAUGUAUGUGUUGCACAAUCUUGUUGUGGUCAUUUGGCUAUGGAGGGCAUGUUCUGUUGUACAAUAUAAUACAAAGGCACCAAUUCACUGCAACUUUUAAUUUGUGAGGACCUGAGAAAACCCUGUUUGUGACCCAAUUGCCUGUAAAUCCAAUCGUAACAUUUUAAAUAAUAAAACAAAUAUUACAGGAA